UGGCUCCCGAAUUCCGAUGGGGACGCGCUGAGGUGCUGAGGUGAAGGGUGAAAAGCGUCCUUCGAAGUCCGGGUCCGGCUUGCGGGGCCAGCGAACUGGAGAGGCGCCAUGGGCUGGAUCACAGAAGAUCUUAUUAGACGGAACGCUGAACACAAUGACUGUGUCAUUUUUUCCCUGGAGGAACUCUCGUUGCAUCAGCAAGAAAUAGAAAGACUAGAACACAUUGAUAAAUGGUGCCGGGAUUUAAAAAUUCUCUAUCUUCAAAAUAAUCUUAUUGGGAAAAUUGAAAAUGUUAGCAAACUCAAGAAACUUGAAUAUUUGAAUUUAGCUUUAAACAACAUUGAAAAAAUAGAAAACUUGGAAGGAUGUGAAGAGCUGGCAAAACUUGACUUGACUGUAAAUUUCAUUGGAGAGCUGAGCAGCAUUAAAACCUUGCAGCACAAUAUCCAUCUGAAGGAGCUCUUUCUCAUGGGGAACCCAUGUGCUUCCUUUGACCACUAUAGGGAGUUCGUUGUAGCAACUCUUCCACAAUUAAAGUGGUUGGAUGGUAAAGAAAUAGAGCCUUCAGAAAGGAUUAAGGCAUUGCAGGACUAUUCAGUAAUUGAACCACAAAUCAGAGAGCAGGAAAAAGAUCACUGUCUUAAACGAGCCAAACUCAAGGAAGAGGCUCAGAGGAAACACCAAGAAGAGGAUAAAAAUGAAGACAAGAGAAGUAAUGCAGGCUUUGACGGACGUUGGUACACAGACAUCAAUGCUACUCUUUCCUCUUUAGAGAGCAAAGACCACCUACAGGCACCAGACAUAGAGGAACACAACACAAAGAAAUUAGACAACAGUGAAGAUGACUUGGAAUUCUGGAAUAAGCCCUGUUUGUUUACUCCUGAAUCAAGACUGGAAACUCUUAGACACAUGGAAAAACAACGGAAAAAUCAGGAAAAAUUAAGUGAAAAAAAGAAGAAAGUGAAACCACCCAGGACUUUGAUCGCUGAAGAUGGGAAAGCCCUAAAUGUGAAUGAGCCUAAAAUUGACUUCUCUUUGAAAGAUAAUGAAAAGCAGAUCAUCCUGGACCUUGCUGUCUAUAGGUAUAUGGAUACCUCUUUAAUCGAUGUUGAUGUGCAACCAACUUAUGUGCGAGUAAUGAUCAAAGGAAAGCCAUUUCAGCUUGUCCUUCCUGCAGAAGUGAAACCUGAUAGUAGUUCUGCUAAAAGAUCUCAGACAACAGGUCAUUUGGUCAUCUGCAUGCCCAAGAAAUUAAGCUUCCUGAGAACAGGGAAUGUUGUCUGUCCUCGUCAAUGGCACCUAGAACAGAUCCUGCCAAAGAGUAGGAGAAGUAAUCACAGGUGGUCAGCGAGCAUUCAAAUCUAUGAAAACUACCUCGGACAGGAGCAGAGAACAAACAAACACAAGAAGCAAGCACAUGGAGAAACUAGAAGUAGACCCUAGCAAGCACUCAUUCCCUGAUGUGACUAACAUAGUUCAAGAGAAAAAAUACACACCCAGAAGACGGCCUGAACCCAAAAUUAUACCAAGUGAGGAAGACCCAACCUUUGAAGACAACCCUGAAGUGCCUCCCCUGAUUUGAAACAUCUGGCUGUGUUGCCAUUGGCUGAGACCCACCAGGUCCAGUUUUGGUUGGUGUAGAGACCAUAUGCAUAUUAUUCCUGGGAUAAACACAGAGUUAUUUGUCCAUAUCGCUACUCCAGUGUUUUAACUCUUACUUUCCAUAGUAAUACCCUUAAGCUAGCUUAAAAUUAAAAUGUAUGUCUUAAAUGCUAUAACUCAUCAUUUAUCUAUAAUAAAGGGUUGGUAUUGAAAAUGUUUAGUAAGAUCAUAGAACUAUUGCAUAAAACAUUGAUUAUAAAUCCCAGAACUGUCUACUUAUGCAAAGUAUUAAUUCAUAGAUAAAAGGACUCAGUAUUAAAUUGGUACUUCAGCAAAUUGGUCAAGCUUAGAAGUUAAAACUGUAAUUUCAGACCCAAUUGGAAUACUUUAAUAUGAUUUUAAACAGCAUUUCCAUUUUCCUUCCCAUGAUGUGUCUGCUUUCUCUGGUGGCAUGGUAUAAUGGCAAGAAUAUGAGUUUUGAAACCAGACACCCUAUAUUUGGAUUCCAGCUCAAUCACUUUGUAAAGACCUUCAGCAAGUCCUUUAAUUCUCUGAGCCUUAGUGGCUUCAUGUAUAAUCUGGGAAUAAUAACGCUUGCCUCACAGGUUUGUCUGAAGAUAAACUGCAGAAAGCACUUAGUACAGUGUCAGCCAUAUAUUUAGAGCCUCCUCUCUCUCUCCUUCUUCCCUUUCUCCUCUCUCUCCUCCUCCCUUUCUCCUCUCUCUCCUCCCUGCUCCUUCUUCCCCUCCCUCCUCAAUUACUUUUCUCCCCUUAUUCUUUUUCUUCACCUUUUUACUCCCCAUCCCACUCCUUCUCCUCUAUUUCCUUCUUUACUUUUUAAAUAUCUUACCUUGUCUUUAUCUAGAACAUUAUGAAUUCAAUAUGUCACAUACAUUGUAGGACAAAUUACUGUUACUCUGAUCAUGAUGUAGCAAUAUUUAAAUCAGUUUCCCCAAACAUUCAUUCAACAAAUACCUAUUGAACAACUAUUGAGUGCUAGCCCCCUUUCUGUUCAUCAGGGAUUUAGUAGUAACAAAGCAGACAAAUACAUACACACAGACUAUGUCAGGUGGUGUUCAGAGCUGUGAAGGAGAGUCAGAGUGAGGGGAUCAAGGGUGAUGGGCGCUUUUUCACACAGGGCCUUUCUCUAUUAAACAGGCUUCCAAUGGGAAGUCUCUGCUAAUGUUUAGCAGAUAACCAAAAUGCAUCAGUUAGAAAAAAUAUGAUGAGAAUGAGGGACUGGUUAUAGGAAUGCAAUUGGACACAAAUGUGGGAAGAGCUGGGUAGUGAAGCUCUAGAAGGGAGAGGUUGAGAAUUGGAAGAAGCAGCAUUGGUGCAGGUAGACAAUUCAGAACUUGCACAGAAUCUGAGAAGCUGAAGUAGGACUGUGACUAGGAGCUUGUAUAGAGGUCUAUGGAAAUUAUCAUGCUACUGAAAUUGUUGCCUCUAUUUAUCUGCUACCCUUCUGGUCCAUGGCCAAGAUCCUGGUGGGUGGGCUUAGAGCCAGCCUUCAUCAGCAGGCCUGCAGUAAGAAAGGUGGGAUGGACACACAGUGGUGGAGAUCAAGGAUCAGCUGCAGCAGGCUGGGCCCCUCUGCAUCUGUCCAUCACUGUGACUGAUGGCGAUGACUGAGUAUAACACUUUUCUUCAUGGUCAACUCUACCCAGGAACUACAUAGGGAAGGAAAUUCUGGAAAACAGUUCCCAGCCUUAGCCAACUUGACAUAUCAUAAUCCAACAGAACUCAACCUCUACCAACUUGGAAAUCAUGUACAUUUGUCAGGACUGUAUUUAAUUUCCACAUAAAGAGAAAGCAAAAUUAUACUUUUGACACAACUAAUACAAUUAUCCAUUAAACAAAACUGUGC